AUGGACGCGUCGUCGUUCAACUUCGUGGAUCCCCGCGUGCUAGAAAAAGCGGUCAACACCUGCGAAUCAACUCAACAGGCAGAAUCGACACCAUGGCCGAAUGAUAGGGCUGCGACAUUUCCAUUCGCCGAUUUCCUGGAUUCACCUACAUGUGACAUUCAAGCCCAACUUCACUGUAGUAUCGGUGCAAACGGUUCCUCAGAUCAUGUGUCAUCUCCCUUCAAUGUCGACCACGACUGUGUGUUGGGCACUAAAUUGUGUCAAACAUUCUCGCCAUCGUUGCAAGACAGUGAAACUUAUCUUCAAUCACUACCAACGUGGAACAUCGACAAAGAUACUGAAUUGUUUCAAGCGACAACCCAAUCCCUUGAACAUGCGAGAGACCCCGCAAACCUCUUUUCCAACCUUCAUAUCAAGCAACGGGUUGGCCCCUCAAACUCCGAUCAGCAACUAGUCUCGCGUAUGUCUUCUUCACCACAGCCUCCCUUUAUUGCAUCCCACUCGCGGGGCUAUUCCAAAUUCCGCGGCACUUUCCAAAGUUCCGAUCAUGCUCGACAAUAUAGAAAGAUAGCCUUGCGGUUUGACAGGAAACCAUACCAGUACCCGGACGUCGACGAGACAAUCCAUGACCUUGUACGGAACCGGCAGUAUCACAUCAAGCGUAUUUACGAUGCCAUGGUUCGUCCCGAUGUCGCACAGGAUAACCCCGGCUCUAUAGCGAUGCGGCGAUGGGUUCACAAUGCGUACUACGACUCCGACAUGGUGGAAGCGUUCUCCAACAAGGUUUUCGACUGUCUGAUCAAGCAAACGGAGGAAGGAUUUCGUGGCUGGCACCAUAACGACUACGCUUCCGACGAACGCAAGGGAAGCGAGACCGAGGACAAGAAUUUGAACUGUGCGGAGCGACUGGACAGUGUGAUACAUUCUCUGGAAAGGGAGAAAACCAUCUGCGAGGACAUUAUGAAUUCAGCAUGUCAGAUCCGGAUGUUUGUGAACGCUCCACGUGCCUAUGCGGUCCGCAAGUCAGCAAAUCGUGCAGGUAACAGCAAGAGAAAGAAAGCGACCGAGCCGGAUCGGGUCUCCAAAUCCAGGUCAACAAGAGUGAAGAGGUCACAUUCGAGAUCAACAGUGACGAAUUCCACUAUAUACGAUACACCAUCAUCGUCUUCGCAAUGUCCACGCCCUCUAGAAAUGCCCCCGCAGCCAUCAGAUAUAACUGAAUACCGGUUCUCACCAGAUGCUCUUCCUUCUGCCUAUAUCGGAUUCGUUCCUGCAACAGGAGGAAUACAACCACAUAUUACACUGUCAAUGUCACCUCCUGAUCAUGGCCAAGCAUUCCCGCAGUUCCCAUCCGCGCAGCCGUUACAACAUGCGCAGUUCAUCUCCACGGCACCAGGUUCCAGUCAUUCUGCUACUCUUACGGUCGAUCCCAAGCUCCUAGAGUUGAACUAUAACGUUCUCGAAUCGCCCUGGAAUGCGAACGCAGAUGAAUGCCCGAAGCUGCCCACGCCGGAUAGAAUCCCGCUUGGUCCAGCCUUGUUUCAACCUGACCACACUGGCACCGCGGACCCCACAAUUGAGCAAAGUUUCGAUCUGUAUAACUCGCUGCCCAACAGUUUGCCAGACAUCGUGCCAGUAAACAUGGGCGAGCAGCCUGCCGUUCCCGACUUCCAAACUUUCUGGCUCAGUCAAACUGGUGUGCAGCCAUUCCCAAGCGGGUCCGAAGAGAAACGCUCGAACUGUUAAUGCUCCCCAUUUCUGAUAUUCCAUGUUACAGCAAUUUUCAACAGCCAUUUUCUUACUUACGGAAUCUUUUCGUGAAUUCUUUUGGUACCACACACAGUUUUCAUGCGACCCAGAGUUUGUUAAGUUGAGUUUGAGAAUGCGUGGCAGUCGAAUUAGCAUCCUUUAUUUUUAGCGUACGAUUGCCGAUGUCUCAGUUCGGCAACGUCAUAGUAUGAGAUGGGUGACCAGAGUUUGUUUGUACUGUCAGAUACAAC